AUGCCUUGUCAUAAGCUGGCUGACUUCCUCAACGACCUUCGCACUCUGGCGACCGCACACAAAUUGCCCCUACCUCCAAUCGCUGGCCUUUCUCCAGCAGUCUCCCUCUUGAGCACUCAUCCUUUGAAUACUGCCAGGAAGCCGACCACAUUCUCCUACCUUGCUUCUGCUGACGACGGACACACUGACGACGAAGGCGGCGUCAACUUCGAUGAGGCGACCAACUUCCUUGUCGACUCUGGCUCCAUUUUUCACAGUGACUCGGGCCCUCUCGAAUCCGGGCACAUUGGCAGCACCCUCUCGUCUGACUGCCUCAUGGUCACCGACACAACAACCACUGCCGCUCGGAAGCGCUGGGCCACCUCGCGAAGUAAUGGACCCACCAGCAAGUCGAUCGACGAUGAGACUGACUGGAAACCCAGUUCCCCGGAUGCAGGUAACAUGGUGGCCGAGGCUGGCUCCACAAAUGGCGAUCCGGCGCCUUCACGACCUUCAGGACUGCGUUUGGAUCGUGGCGUCAGUCUGGGAGUCGACACGACCAAAUUCACCAUGCCACUGGCCGACGAGACCUCUGGAUCAGAGUUGUACACUUCCAGUACUACCAGAUGUGCUGCUGACGAAGGAGAGGUACAGCUAGAGGCGGGUCGUUUGGUGACUUUGAACAACGGAAGGCGUUCAGGGGAGCCUCGUGACACGACACGACAGCUACUGCGCGCCGCCCUGGAAAUGGGGGGUGUGCGACAAACGAAUGGCUUACAGGCAUCCAGUGGCUUCACUGGGGCCGACGGGAGUCAGGACAUGCUUGAAGGCAGAGAUCCCGCAGGACAGAAUGUAGAGCUGGACAUGGAAGGCAGCCAAAAGCCGGAGGUAUCGCGUCAGCUGUCCUCAUCGUAA